AAUCUCAUAAUUUUUGAGGGAGCUCGGAACCUUAACGUCAUACCAUACCAUGCUGAAUAUAUGGGCCAUAAGCUUCACCUUGACCAGAAUGAAAAACUUGUAAUGUUUGGAGUGACCCAUGUUUUAGCCAUCGAUGGAUUCAGCAAAAAGAUUGUGAGUCAUUCCACAAUGCCGAUCAAAAACAACUUGUCCAUCUAUGAAGACGUUUUCAGGCCUGCAGUGAUCACCUAUGGUAUGUGGGAACAAGUGCGAGUAGACCAUGGAAAGGAGUUUUACUUGACACUGUUCAUGCAGGAGAUGCUGUCACACCAUCGCUUCAAUCAGGAGAGACUGCCUUAUCUACAGACUUCAUCUACAAGAAACCACACAGUUGAACGACUUUGGCCUGAGAUCAACAACCGUGUCAACUACCCCUUGAAAACAGCCCUUCUCCAGCUGAUGGACCAAGAGGAGAUUGAUAUGGAGGACAGCCUUGUAAGAUACUGUGUGUCCAACCUAACUUGUAGGCUGUGCCACAUUGGUCUUACAAGUGUGGCAGAAUCCUGGAAUGCUCAUAGGAUUCCAGGAAAAGGCAUACCAAAUCACUUUGCAGAACCUGGGUGUAAACGAAGAAUUACAUCAGAACUCUUGCCACAUUCACUUGGAGCUGCAGACCUUUACAGACAGCAUGUAGGAUCUGCACUGACAGCAUACUCCACAUUUGGAGUUGAUCCCUUUACAACAGAACAAGUUAAGAAUAGAACGGAGAAUCAUUUUUCAGACAAAUAUCCGGACAUCUCACCUUUGUUUUAUAGAGCAGUAAACAAUGACUUUGCUCCAUACAAAGAAGCCUUGCUUUAUCUGAUACACACAACUCAGAGAAAUGCAUGAACUGGUGCAUUUGC